AUUUCUCUAUUCUCAUGUAUGUUGUUUAAAUUCUCUUUGGUGUUAGGUACUUACAUAGUUGUAAAUUACUGAAAUAAAUUUUAUUUUUUGCAAAAAGUUCGUCGACAUGGAGAGCGAAGGAGCAGAAAAUACAAAAUCAUUUUCUGGAAUACCUGAAGCUAUAUUUGUGGAUGAUGUUAAUGAAUUUAUGAACUUACCUGAAAAUUCUGAAGGUGUUGAGAAAGUACUAAGAAGUCUUGAUGAGCAACAUGGAAAGUACAAAUUUAUGGAAUACACGUUAAAUACUAAGCGAAAGCGCCUUAGGCAGCAGAUCCCUGACUUAGAUAGAUCCUUGGAUAUGAUUGAAAAGCUUAAAUCACUUAAGGAAAAUAUAGAAACCCAGUUUUUGCUUAGUGAUCAAGUAUUUGUAAAAGCAGAUAUUCCACCUACAAAAAAUGUUUACCUUUGGCUUGGAGCUAAUGUGAUGCUGGAGUAUACUCUAGAAGAUGCUGAAAAACUUUUGUCAACAAAUAUGGCUACUGCAAAAAAGAACUUGUCUCAUGUUGAGCAUGAUUUGGACUUCUUAAGGGACCAAUGGACUACAACAGAAGUUAAUAUGGCAAGAGUUUAUAAUUGGGAUGUAAAGAGACGUCAAGCAGAAGCAUCUUCUAGCUAAUAUGAAAUUGUGAUUCAUAUAAUUUUUAGUAUGCUACUUAAAUUAUGUUUGUAAUCUACUCACACCUUAAAAAAUCUCAAAUAUCAACCAUACUCAAAAUAUUUUAAUGGAUCACAAUUUCUUUUAAUAGAAAAUAGCCAACGUAAAAUUUAUCUUGAGAGAAAAACAUAAUUGAGGCUGUGGUGGAAAGCCAAAAUUGUUUGUCAAACAUAAACCAUGAGUGUGUGUUACACAUACCAGUUGAAAAUUUUGAGUACUGUUAUGUUAUAUUAUCUUGUAAUAAAACGAUAAGGAUAAAAUAUAUAUUUAAAAGAUGUGGUUCAUUAUUUAAAUAACAUAUGUUAAAAUUAGCAUUAGUUAGUUUGUUUCUUGUGUGUACAACAAGUUCUAUAUAGAGAGCACAGAAAUCGCCUUAAUUAAUUGAUAACAUGAAUUCGAAGCUUGAUUUAUUAUAACACAAUCUAUUUAAAAUAAAAGCGUUUUAAACUA